CGACCGCAGUUACCGACCGUCGUUUCUAACCUCCUCUUUGACUGCAAAAACUAACCUAAAAUUAGGACUCGCUGAUUAUAAGACUGGAUUGUGUUGCACUUUUUAUGUCAAAAUGCGAAAUACGUGAUUGAAAAGAUAAAUUUGCCGAUAAACAAAGCGAAUUUGUAUAAUUCAGCAAAAUUACGACGGAACUAUGACAUGGACAGGCGAUACUUGCGAGAUUUGAUGUUUGAUGAGCUCGCAGAUUCUUACAUAUACAUAUAAUUUUAUCAAUAUAUAUAAAAAAAUUUAACUUGUUUAUUAUGUACAAUUGAUUCAACGCGACGUAAGGUGAUGUCAAACUGUGAUAGAGACGCAGCUUUAGUAGGUCUACUUUAAAAGAGAGCUCGAAGUCCCCUUGGUUAUAUCGCGAUCUAAUUCCAAGUUAUUGAAUUCAUAUCCAUUGAAAUGACGUCGAUAUUUUGUAUACGCACUGGCUUUGCGAUAAGCCGAAGACUUCCUUCGCCCAGGACUCCCAAGGGAAGUUAUGUGACGUACAUUCAGGGUCAAUCUCCUCAGCCCCGUGUACGAGAGUACUUCUAUUACGUCGACCAUCAAGGCAUGUUGUUCCUGGAUGACGUUCGCAUAAGGAACUUUACCUCUUGCUUUAAAGAUAAAAAAUUCCUGGCGUUCUUUUUCAAACACCUGAGGAAAAAUACUACCGGACGUUACACGGACGACUUUCCGUUCCUGUCAAUCUGCGGCGUGGAGAGAAACUUUGUCAGAUGCGACGACUUGCCGUUGGUCUUUACAAAGGUGAUUCGGAAACGUAACGUGGAAACUGGCGCGGAAGAGGACUGGUUCAGUUACGCGCACGCAGAUGACUUAUUGAUGGUGCCGUUCGAGCCGCAAAGAUUAUUUAUGAACAUAAAAACAGGAAGAGUAUAUCACCCUGCGACGGAGAAAGCGGGUGGGAUCGGCUUGGUGAGGUCCAAUCUGGCUAUCGAAUUCAGCACCUCGUUCAACUUCGAAAACGGCGAGGGAAAUGCGCCGACACAUUUCGUGUGGAGAGACAAGCGAUACCAGCUUGACACGGAAUGGUACAGAGACAAGUUGUCAUGAAUAAUUAGACGAAAAUAAUGAAACUUUAUUCUUAAUUUAAGUAUAAGCAGAUUGCGCAACAUAGAAAAGUGAUUCUCCGAUGAUCUGGAGAUGAACGUAUUAUUUAAUUUCAACAACAUAUUCCUCUUUUCUAUAGUUUUAUCAGAGAUAUAUAUUUUGUGUAAAUCAUACUUUUGUAAAUAUACGUAAAUUUAUA